AUAGUGCGAUGUAACCUCUCAUGUUUACAUUUUUGCAAGGCGACGCCAUUACAAUGUCAUUUAUUUGCAACAGUGAUGAACACGCGAUGACUUACCAGUACUUUGCAUCUGAAGUUGGCAACUGAUAAAUAACCGGAGCUGUUCGUUGAUGGCUGAGACGGAGGGUUCUGAUGACACGUCAGAGAAUGAGCUGCUCAAUCGCAGCCUCUCUGUGUGGAAGGGCAACAAGGAAGUAUUUGAGCCAGUACCCCUUGACCUCCACACUGCAUCCAGUCUGGGGCUAGUGGACUGUGUCAAGGUUCACAUAAACAGUGAAGGCAUUGAGAUUGAUCGCUUCAACAAAGGAGGAUGGACAGCCUUAAUGUAUGCCUGCUAUAUUGGCCAUGAGUCAAUUGUCAGCAUUCUGAUAGACAGAGGGGCCAGUGUGAAUCUGAGAAACAGCAAAAAAGAGACGGCGUUGAUGCUGGCAGCAAGCUGUGGAAAUGACAGAGUGGGGCGCCUUCUUUGCAACCAAGGUGCAGAGCUGGAGUACCAGGAUCAGCGAGGCUGGACGGCUUUGUUCCACGCCACAUACUCUGGUCAUCAGAACAUGGUGGCUUUUCUACUGAAGCAAGGGGCCAAUAUGAAUGCAAUUGAGUCCCAGUUAGGCAUGACACCAUUCAUGGAGGCAGCUGCAGAGGGUCACGAGAUCAUUCUACAACUGUUCUUAAGACAUGGUGUGAACGUGAAUGCCAAGGCUUACAAUGGGGACACGGCAAGGUCUCUGGCCCUCAUUAACGGCAACAUGAAGAUUGUCAGCCUCAUUGACAAUCAUGUGAUGCCCAUCACGUCUCUCAGAGCUGAACCAGAGCUUGGUUCUUCACUGGAUACAUUGUCCAGAACAAAGAAUUCUCGGAUAGGGCGUGGCAAAGGUAUGGGCGGUGGCCCCAGCAUAAUGGACGGCCCACAGGCAAUAGCCAGGCUCAUAGACCGUACAGGGAAAGAUGUGGGACCUCUUAAACCCCCUGAUGUUGGGGUUGUGCCAAAAGGUUUUGUGACCUUCCCUGAGGGGGAAACAUCAGAUGGGCAGCCAACAAAACUGUCGUAUCGUGACGUAACUUCACCAAUAAAUCCGGAGGACUACAAACUAGAUAGCUCUGGAAGCAGAGUUUCAGAAUUCAAUGAAGUAGAAGACGACUCGAACAUGUUCUCUAAGACGGGAGCAUUGACCAUCAAGUCAAGUUCGGGAUCGAGUGGAGGGCUGGCGGCUGCUUUUGGGAUCAUCCGUGAGGACAGCAUGGACAGUGACGAGUUCCCCAGAGAUUCCUCCUGCGGGGAUUCUCAUCACCAUGGCAACAGCACUGAGAGCUCUUCAGACUCGGGCUCGGAAGAGAAUUUGGGUCAGAGAGCAGGAAAUUUGGAAGUUGAUAAAUGUCAGAAGGGUCAGUCCGGUGAUAAGAGACGGGAUAUCAGUAAAAAGUCCAAGGAACUAAGGUUAACGACAGAGAAAGUCAGUGAGAUCAAAGUGAUGAAAAAUUCUGUGUCUGAGUGGAUUGAUAGUGUUCAGGAUACGCAUCCGGUGCCUGAGAACAACUUUGAUUUCACUGAAGAAGGCGAUAAAGAUGAGGCUAUAAAACCAGAGUAUCAACCAAAACAGCGAAGUGCAAAAUCAAAUGAUCUUAAUUCUGGAUCUCAAGCCCAGAAGUUGGAUCAAAUAUCUAGUCAGUUACAGUCUAAACUUUGUAUUGGGUCUGAUCUCAUUGACCAAGUUGCAAAUAAUGUCAAAAACCAUGAUCCCCGUCCAGCAAAAGAAUUCCUGCCAAAUAACAUUGAUCAGUUAUCAAAUGCUGUAACAAGUUUAAACAUGUAUAAAGCCGAUGGGUUUGGUCCACUGGAUAAUCACCAUUACCAUGGCAACCAAGUCCCCAGGGUUCCGCCACCCCCAGGUUUCACUGUGCCCGUUACGGGACCCUUUGUGACCCCAAAUGGGGCCAUAUUUGCUCAGGGAGCUAACUCAGUCUCAGUCAAUAAGCAAGCAUCAAUGGACACUUGUGUAGAAAAAUCUCCAGUCAGUUCAAAUGCAGCAUUUAUGGAGAAAAUGAGUGACUGUACCCCGAAUGAUUUGGGUGCCCUUUUGGAAGGCCUCGGUUUGUCCAAAUAUCUGACAACGUUUGAGGAGCAAGAUGUUGACCUCCAGGUGUUCCUCUCACUCAACGACAAUGAUCUCAAGGAAAUAGGCAUCAAACUGUUUGGCCCACGCAAGAAGAUGAUGAACGCAAUUGCGCGCUGGCAUGGGAAGGCGCGUAUCUCAAUGGGUGAGCUGGAGCAGGUGUAUGCUGACAGACUGGAGGGGGAGAUGCAGGAGAUGGGUGCCCAGUUGCAACUGGCUUUAGAGCAGCUAGAGAAGCUGAAGGCGCAGGUGAAGCAGGAACAGCAACUCCGCAAUGUGACAGAGUCGUGUCUCAUGGAGGAGAGGGGGGCGUGGCAGCAGGUGCAGCGUAUCGUCAUGGAUACAAGGCAGCAGUGUGAGGACUUCAAGGACGCCAUCAGGAAACUCGCCACAUUUGUGGCGGAAUUAAAAGCAAGAGUGUCCAUGGAAACCAAUAUGCAGGGUCAAGGUCAUAAAGGGCAAGGCAGAGUUACAGAAGAUACCAGUCCUGUGCCCAUAGACAGGGUGAUACGAAAAGUGGACCAUUAUAUGCAAGAGAUACAACAUUUGUUGAGCAACGUGACUGCAAAUACAGACCGCUUGUUGGGAAGGAAUGCACAUGCAGAUUCCCCUGACCGUGGGUACACUUGAUGAAGGCUGGUGGUUUUAAUAUGCGAUUUUACAAACAUGUUAAAUGCACUUGAAACAUUUACUGAUGAACAUACUAGUUAUUUACAAAAAUCUUAGUGAUAGUAAUCUCAUUUAGUUAUCCAGAUAAAACUGACUUUUAUUGAAAUGGUUGUUAAUUGAUUUUAAGAAAAGUACAACUAAUUUAAUACUUGUUUAUAAUAAUGUUUGGUGUUUGUUUUUUACCAGGGCCUGGAGAGUUGAGUCAAACUAAAUCAAUCAUAUUAGUUUAUCAGCUAUAUACCAUUGUCAAUUACUGACCUUAUGGAUGAACAAAACCUCUGUUGUUGUUUUUAUGCCCCCAGAUCAAUAGAUCGGAAGUGAUUUUUUUUGCUAAAAAUUACAGCCGAUUUUCGGCUGCUUCCCUAUUGCACAAAAACAACGUUUUUUCCCAAAAAGCUGACCGAAAUUUCCCCAAAAAAGCCCAUUAUGACUUAUGUUUUCUUAACUCUAGAUCUCAACUUUUAUUUAAACAUCCUACAAAAUAUAUAACUUUAAUUUAAUUUAGUCUUUUUUGUCCAUAAAUAAUUCCCAAAUUUGCCACUUUUGUCAAAGACCAGACUAUUUUUCCCAAAAUGGCUAGAAAACCCCCUGAACAUGCACUUAAAAACAAUUUUAAUUCUAUUACUUAUAAUCAUAUUUAUAAUGCUUAAUUUUUCCCAAUUUCAUGGUUUAUUGCAAUAUUUUUCUCAAUUUCAUGGUUUAUCGCGCUAAUUUUCCCAAUUCAAAUGGCACAGACUGUAACAAAUAAAAGCAAAAAAAAUUACUGAUCGGGGGUAUAUUGUUUUUGCCCUGUCUGUCUUUCUGUUUGUCAUUCUGUCCCAAAACUUUAACCUUGGUUAAAGUUUAAUAACUUUUGCAAUAUUGAACAUAUCAACUUGAUAUUUACCAUGCAUGUGUAUCUCAUGGAGCUGCUCAUUUUGAGUGGUGAAAAGUUAAGGUCAAGCUCCUCCUUCAUUGUCAAAGGUCAAAUAGCUUUGUAUUUUUCUUUUCUUCAAGGUCAAAGGUCAAAAAUUAAAAAAAAAUAUUUUCAUUUCUCCAUUCAAUCUCUUACUUCUCUUUGAGGUGCACAUUUUGAGUGGUGGAAGGUCAAGGUCAACCUUUAAGGUCAAAGGUCAAAUGUAUGGCUUCAAAGCGGCGAAGAAGGGGGCAUUGUGUUUUUGACAAACACAUCUCUUGUUAACUGUAACAAAACCACAUAACCUACCGGUACUUAAAAUUACCUGUUAAAAAGUCCUUCUUUUUUUGCUGAAAAUAAAACAUAAUUUUUUGCAGUACCUUACAAUUAUGUGUAGAAAAUUACAUAUAUUGACCUUUGCCGUACUAGUUAACAAUCAUAACCACCUAAACCUGUACAAACUAUUACAACUGACUUAUAAGUUAAUGGUUACUCUUUUGUUAAUGCUUUUGUUUAGAUAAUUAAGUAAAUUUAUAGUUAGUUCCCUAAUUGUGUUUCUUUAGGAUCUGUCAUUAGCCAGUUUGUUAACUUGAUAAAACUUAAAUUGCUAAAAAUAAUACUUAUACUCCCUGUUGCAAAAUAUAGGGGAUAUACUGGAAUAACAAUCAAUGGAAGUAGAGAGGUUAUACUGGAAUAACAUUCAAUGUCUGUUCAUAGACACAAACUGUCCAAAGACUCCAUCAUAUUCAAACUUGCAGGGAUUGUUUUUUUUAAGUUUUGCAUUUGUGUUUUGUAUCAUCCUAUGUUAAAAUUAGUAGAGUUAUAUCCCUUUUUCAACUGAAACAUUUUAUAACUGCAUCGUCAUAAAUGAAGGCUUAGCAAACUUAAUUUACAUCUAUAAAAGCGCAUGGUCCAGAUGUGUUAUGUUUGGUAUGAAACAUUGUUUAGUAACCCUCAGUUUUAUCAAAUUAUGUGCUUGGGGUUAAAUUUGGCAAUGCCCUGCAUUUCACUUGUUAUAUAUUGACUUCAAUAAAAGUAACUUAAUCCAAAAAGCCCAGAGGUUUAAAAUUAUGUCUGUACAAUUGUAUAAUGUUACUUUACAAUGUUUGUAAAAAUCAGGCCCCUGUGGUCAAGACUGGCCAUGCCCAAGUAAUCUCUUGUUGUGUGUGUGAAGUUGCAACAUAUUAUGACGUGCGGCCCCAGGGACUCCAUCAUCACUAGUCUGACAAUCACCUUUUAGUUUUACCAACAAUUAUAAUUUAUACAAUUUUACUCAAAUAUUUCUUGAAAUUGAAAGAAAUUUAUGUACUUAAUGCAUUGAGUAUGUCUUAGUUUGUAAAUAGUAUUACAUUUUCUGGUUAAAAUUUUAUGUUAAGUAUUUCAAUUUAAUUGGAAAUUUGAUACUUUUGUAUUUGUCUUGCUGGCUAUGUGUAUACUGUAUACACUUUCCUAAUUGUUUGAGCCACAUUCAUAUGUGCUUGUCUGUGAUACUGACAUUGUAUUUUGUAAAUUAACACUGUGUUCAACAUUUUACUUUUUUUUAUCAUUGUACAUGUUUUCUUUAUUGAUUUGCAUUUUUGUAUGAUACUUAAAACAAAUAUUAAUUGUAUUGUCCUGGCAUCUUGAUGCUGUGGCCAAAAAAAAAUUCUGUCUGUCCAUCUUUGACAUGUACAGUUGAUUUUAAUAUUUAGUCUAUCACCCACAUCAGUCGCUACCACUUUUCAUAUCCAUCUUAAAUCUCUUAAACUUUUACAUCGAGUUUAUUUAGAUAAUAAUUGAAAUGAUCAAUAGAGGAUUUUAACAUUUGUAUGAGCAACAUUUUGAUUCUUGAUCUGUAAUUUCUUGUGACCACAAAUGUCACCAAACGUUUACUUUGAUAUGGCCUAUGUCUGAUACAUGAGCUGUCCAGCCUCAUCCAGGAGCAUGUGGGUGCACUGGGCCCAUUAGCUCAGUUGGUAGAGCACUGAACUACUAAUCGAUGGUUGCAGGUUCAAUCUCCGGCAUUGUGACAUUACUAGUGUGGAAAUGCUUUAUACGGUCCCUAACUUUGAUUCAUGUAGGGCAGUUGUCAGUUACUUGCAUGAGUGUUUUCACUUAGCCCUGGUACACUAGCUAACCCAGGAAAAGUGUGAGUGGUUAAACUGACUGCCGUGAUAUACUGAAAUACUGUUGAAAACAGGGCUAGUCAAACAAAACAAAUACAGAAAAACUAAAGUUUUAUUUAAGUGUAAUGUUAAAUUGUUAAUCUGACUUGGUGUUUACUGCCAAUAAUUACAGAGUUCUUCAUUUACAACACUCUUACUGACUGAAGUCACAAAUAACAUUUAUACAUGCAAAAACUAAAUUAUUUUCUCAAGGUGCUGAGUCUAUUCUAAUAUGUCAUACGCUGAGUUAAUGAAUACUGCAGGCCCUGGUAUACGGGUAAUUAAAGUAAAAGUAGCCAGCCAGGUUUUGUGAGGACAAACAUACAUGUAAUUGAAUACAUGUUCUCUUGAAUUGUUGAAAAAAGCAUGUUGUUAAGUAUUUAUAAUGGUUGUUGAUAAUAAUACCAGAUGUGUAGUUUGAUAUUUGUGGAAAAUGGGAAGUAUAAGUAUAUAAAACUUAUAUUUACUGUUAUGUUCCAAAAUCUUAUUCCUAGUUUGAAAUUGCUUAUAUACAAAGUGAGUUGGUGUUUUCCCUAGUGUUGUAAGUUGGUUGUGUAAACAAGUCUGAUCAAACGGAGAUACCUUGUGUUUAUAGUUUUACUCAUAUGAACAUAUCAGCAUCUCAAUUAACAUAUUUCUGUGAACCAAAAUUGUUUGUCAUGUGUGGUAUCAUGAGCUAAUGUAUAAACCUUUGUUUAAAAAAAACAAACUAAUCAGUUAGUUAAAAUGCUUUAUAGGGACCUGUUCACAGAAUUAAUAAUUAAAUACUUUUCCAUCUUUUUUCACACAUUAAAAAGUAAGGUAACAGUGUAGACAAGAAGGCAAAAUUAUUGAUACUGUUUAAAUGUAAUGUUGUGUAAAUAUCUUCUUGUUAUUAGUCUUAAGCAGCUGCAUGAAGUAAAAUUAUGUAUUUGUAACAAUUAUUGAUAUAACAAUUCGUAGUAAUGAUUUUAAAUUGUGUACGAGUGUUAAAAAAUCUUGGCCAUGACAUAGAGAGGCAUACUUCGAAAACAUGCCAAAAUCUGUUGACCAGUCCCAAUAAAGGACCAGGUUUUAGCCUUUGAUUUAAUAUCAUGUUGAAAUGUUACAGAAGAGAGGUUGUAGGUGUUAAGCAAAAAUAAAUUAAAGUUUACACAUGUAUUACUUAUCCAAUGAAUGUAUUAAAAUUGCAGCAAAAAUAUAGUCCCAAAUGUUUAUACGUAUUUCAAUAUUUAUGUUUACUUUAUACAAUUAUGGAUUAAAAAUAGAUAUGUUGUCAACAUGUAGAUGACAAACAUGACCAAACAUGUGCAAUAAAGUGUUAGUGAAAGAA